GGGUGCUCUGGUACGCUUGGAUUUGACCACAUGUGAUUUGCCUUACUGUUCAUAUGUGCUAUGGCUGCAAAUGAAAAUAAUGGCAUCUUGGAGAUACUAAAAACAUUUGAUAUUGAGGAACUGACCCUGGCCUUCUGCUUAUCAAUGCUGGUUGGUCUUCUGAUUGGAAUCCUGAUUUUCAUCUUCUUAACAUGGAUGUCUAGACGGAGAGCCUCAGUAAGGAUUACCACACAUCCGAAAAAACAGGCAAGAUCUAGCCGGACAGGCAACACCCGCACUCAGCUGGGCCUCUAUAGGAGUAAUGGAUUCAACCUUAGCAGCGAUGGCACAGACAGAACUGCAUUAAACCUUCAGAGACAGACUUCUGUCGACCCUAAUGAACUGCUGGGCCAGAGCCCCAGCUUCCAAGCAUCCACCUUUCGGCCACCGAAGAAAAAGGCCAGCAGUGAGAUAACAGAUGAGAACCAGGGAGCUCUGCUUCAUAACUCCACUAGCACCAGUCCAGCUGCGACAGAUCCUUAUAACACGAGCCAGUCAGAGUCGUUCUGGUUAGGGAAAGGCACUCUGAGAGGCUUCCUCCCCACACAAACCCCUCCACCUGCCUAUGACAGUGUCAUUCAUGUUUUUCAAACUCACACCUGAGUCUACCAAGAUGUGGGCAUUUGAGAAGGAAGUUCAUAUGUGCUUCAUGGUUGUGUGUGCAUUUGUAGCCGGUGAUAAAAGGACUCUUAAGCACGGAGGGCUCUACGUUUACCUUCCUUAUCUUCUUACUCCUUACUUGCUGUGCAGAUCUUUGUUUAGCAGCAUGCUAAGUGAGGAGCAUGCAGGACUCGUUACAACUGUAUAUAUUCUAUUGUGCAUAAAUGUAAUUUAAACAUUUUUUAAAAUAUAUAAACAAUAAAUUGGUGCAAUGCAA